AUGGCGUGGAGUACUCUGUUGUUCCGAGGCUUGGAGGUCUGGCUCACUGCUCGACUCCUCCGAAGCCCCAUAUUCCAUCGCAUGGUUGGCCGAGUCCACGAGAAAAUUCAACACGUCAGGCACGGGGUGCCUCCGGAACAGAUGGGAGGCACCAAACUCGAAAAUAAUGGCUCCGGGCUCAAGCAGUUCUUCGACUACUUCAAAGAAGAGCUCAAGGAUCAGGCGAAAGGAAACCCGCGCAACAAAUUGUGA